AUGUACGCACAGGCAGCCGAGACCAACUUAACACAGACGCAAUCAAAGUCGCCCCGGGUGGAAGGCAGCCGAGACCAACUCAACAGAGAAACCACCAAAGUGGCCCCGGGUGGAAGGCAGCCGAGACCAACUCAACAGAGAAACCACCAAAGUGGCCCCGGGUGGAAGGCAGCCGAGACCAACUCAACAGAGAAACAACCAAAGUGGCCCCGGGUGGAAGGCAGCCGAGACCAACUCAACAGAGAAACCACCAAAGUGGCCCCGGGUGGAAGGCAGCCGAAACCAACUCAACACAGAAACAACCAAAGUCUCCCCGGGUGGAAGGCAGCCGAGACCAACUCAACAGAGAAACCACCAAAGUCACCCCGGGUGGAAGGCAGCCGAGACCAACUCAACAGAGAAACCACCAAAGUGGCCCCGGGUGGAAGGCAGCCGAGACCAACUCAACAGAGAAACAACCAAAGUGGCCCCGGGUGGAAGGCAGCCGAGACCAACUCAACAGAGAAACCACCAAAGUCACCCCGGGUGGAAGGCAGCCGAGACCAACUCAACAGAGAAACCACCAAAGUGGCCCCGGGUGGAAGGCAGCCGAGACCAACUCAACAGAGAAACCACCAAAGUGGCCCCGGGUGGAAGGCAGCCGAGACCAACUCAACAGAGAAACCACCAAAGUCACCCCGGGUGGAAGGCAGCCGAGACCAACUCAACAGAGAAACCACCAAAGUGGCCCCGGGUGGAAGGCAGGACACAACGACCAGAAUAAGCGGACUGUCACAACACUGGCACCUCUUCAAGACCAGGUGUAACAUAACUGUAUGA